UCACCAAGAAUCCGAACUUGCUUGACACUCUUAAAAGUUUCCUGCGUUCCUCACUUAAAAUACUUAAGGAGAAAGAGGCCCUCAACUUGGCAAUACCUAGGACAGGAGAAAAGAGCACAAGACCUCAUAGAAUACGUACAGAAAAACUAAUUAAAGAAGAGACUUUGGGAGAGAUGAUGCAGAUGCCGUCGCCAGAGCAACAACAGCAAUACAUUUCGAGGAUCAAGGAUUCCGGUGGAAAUAGCUGUCGAGAUAGCCCAGCAAAGGAAGACAAGGAAGAGGAGGAGAUGUCGAGGUCAGCUCUGUCGGCGUUCAGAGCGAAGGAGGAACAGAUUGAGAGGAAGAAACUAGAGGUGAGGGAGAAGGUUUUUGCCCAGUUGGGAAGGGUGGAGGAAGAGAGCAAGCGCCUGGCCGAGAUCCGAGAGGAACUUGAAGCUAUGGCAGAUCCAACUAGGAAAGAAGUUGCAGCUGUACGUAAGAGGAUCGAUGUGGUUAAUCGUGAAUUAAAGCCUCUCGGUCAAAGCUGCCUCAAGAAGGAGAAGGAAUACAAAGAUGCGCUCGAGGCAUUCAAUGAGAAAAACAAGGAGAAAUCCCAACUGGUCAACAAGUUAAUGGAGCUGGUGGCUGAGAGUGAAAGACUGAGGAUGAAAAAGCUUGAGGAGCUGAGCAAGAAUAUAGAUUCUCUCCAUUGAGUCAAUCUGCUGAUUUUUAUCGGGGAACUACGCUGUGCGAACCCACGUAACAAAUGGCUAGUUGUCGCUGUUGCUUUCGUAUUAAUCGGUGUUGGAAAUAAGUGUGCCGUCCUGAUUUCUCAUUGUCAAAAAUCUGAUUUAGUUGGAAGAUGCUCUGUGAAAAGUUGUGUCUGACAAGAUUAAUUGAUACCUUAUCAAUCGUUGUGUGGUCCUUCUCAA